AUGUUGUUAACUCUCAUUUCGAGGGGGCUAUUGCUCCUUCACAUUUGCGCUGGCUUGACGGUUGCAAAGGACUCGUCACCACUGUAUAAGGAUCCAAAUGCUUCGAUUGAGGAUCGGGUGUCGGACCUACUAGGUCGUAUGACGGUCGAGGAUAAGACAGCACAAUUGGUACAAGGUGAUAUCACAAAUUGGAUGGAUGAGGAAACUGGGGCGUUCAAUUACACUGGGCUAGAAUGGAAUAUGAGGGAAAGGGCGGGCAUGUUCUACGUCGGUUACCCUGUUGAAUGGGAGUGGAUUGCAACAAAUAUCAAACGCGCGCAGGAUUACCUGGUGGAAAACACGACCCUCGGGAUACCUGCGUUUGUGCAGACUGAAGCAAUCCACGGGUUCUUGGUUAGAAAUGCCACCAUCUAUAACUCACCUAUUGCAUAUGGAUGCUCGUUCAACAGGGAGUUGGUUUACAAGAUGGCAAGACUGAUCAGUCAGGAGGCUUUGGCUCUGGGUGUUAAUCAACUCUUUGCCCCAGUCGUCGACCUUGCUCGAGAGCUGCGAUUUGGCCGCGUUGAGGAAACCUAUUCCGAAGAUCCCUAUCUCGCCGGCGAAAUUGGAUACCAGUACGUCAAGGGAUUGCAAAGUCACAAUGCCUCAGCUCAGGUCAAGCAUUACGCUGGCUUCAGUCAGCCUGAGCAGGGAAUCAACACUGCCCCUGUUCACGGUGGAGAGCGAUACCUGCGCACGACCUGGUUACAUCCUUUCAAGCGCGCGAUUAUAGACGCCGGAGCUUACAGUAUUAUGAGCGCCUACCACUCAUAUGACGGCAUCCCUGCUGUUGCUGACUAUCAUCUUCUCACCGAAAUCCUUCGAGAAGAAUGGGGUUAUGAGUACUUUGUUAUCAGUGAUGCUGGAGCCACAGACCGACUUUGCAAUAACUUCCGUCUGUGUGAGAGUUCACCUAUUGAUUCAGAAUCGGUAACUCUCCAGGCCCUUCCCGCUGGAAACGAUGUCGAGAUGGGCGGCGGUUCAUACAACUUCCACACGAUCCCUCAGCUCAUAGAGUCUGGCAAGCUCGAUAUAGAGACCGUCGAUACCGCAGUUGCGAGAGUUCUACGAGCCAAGUUUGCCCUAGGGCUCUUCGAGAACCCAUACCCAGCUGCGCCUAAAGAGGAAUGGGAUAACCUCAUUCACUCAAAAGAGGCCGUUGACCUGGCCAGGGAGCUAGAUAAAGAAUCUAUCGUCCUGCUAGAAAACCACAACAACGUCCUCCCUCUCAAGAAAACUGGCGAAAUCGCAGUCAUCGGGCCAAUGGCACACGGACGCAUGAACUAUGGCGACUAUGUCACCUCAAGCCAAUACCGCGGCGUCACACCCCUCGAGGGGAUCAAAGCCGCCGUCGGCGACUCUGCCAAAAUCAACUACGCUCAAGGCUGCGAAAGCUGGAGCAACGACGAAUCCGGCUUCGCCGAUGCCGUUGCCGCAGCAGAGAAAUCCGACGUCGCCAUCGUCGUCGUAGGAACAUGGUCCCGCGACCAACAAGAACUCUGGCAAGGCCUCAACGCAACAACAGGCGAGCACGUCGAUGUCAACUCCCUGUCCCUCGUCGGCGCCCAAGCACCCCUCAUCAAGGCCAUUAUCGAUACAGGCAAGCCCACCAUCGUAGUCUUCUCCUCCGGAAAACCAAUCACAGAGCCCUGGGUCUCGUCUUCGGCCUCCGCGCUCGUCCAACAAUUCUACCCCUCCGAAGAGGGCGGGAAUGCACUCGCAGAUGUGCUUUUCGGCGACUAUAGCCCGUCUGGUAAGCUCUCCGUCUCGUUUCCGCACUACGUAGGCGAUCUGCCGAUCUACUACGACCAUCUCAACUCCGCGCGUGAUAUCGGCGACUCAGGCUAUGAAGCGGAGAAUGGAACGCUCGUCUUCGGGCACCAAUACGUUCUUGGGACCCCGGAUCCGUGGUACCCCUUCGGAUAUGGGCUCAGCUAUGUGAACUUCACGUACAGCGAUGUGACGCUCUCGCAGACCAAUGUUUCUGCCACAGACACGGUCACUGUAUCCGUGGAUGUCACGAAUACAGAUGCUGCCCGUGAUGGGACGGAAGUUGUGCAGGUUUAUAUCGUGGAUGAGAUUGCGACGGUUGUGGUGCCGAAUCGUCAACUGAAGGGGUUUGAGAAGGUAGUUGUCCCUGCUGGGGAAACUAAGACUGUCGAGAUUGACAUUGACGUUAAAGAGCUGGGGCUGUGGAAUGCGAGGAUGAAGUAUGUGGUUGAGCCCGGGGCGUUUACAGUUCUUGUUGGUGGGGAUUCAAAGGAUGCUAGGGGGAACGCGACGUUUUGGGUGCAGUGA